AUUUUGAGAAGAGAUUGUGUUGUACCAUUCCUCUUAUUGCUUCCAAUUUCUUUGAGGGCAGCCCUAGCCUUUGUACAACGCAAGCUUCCUGUAGUAUCUCUAUCUCUCUCUCUCCCUCUUCCGACGGUGAUCUCUUUUCUCUCUCUCACAUUCAUCACCCGCCGCCGCCGGUAGCUUCUCUUUCUCUGACGCCACCGCCGCCGGUAAUCUCUCACUCGUCGCUCUCAACACAGAGAAAUUUCUGAUUGAGCAUCACCAGUACAUUCGCCUUCCCCUUCCAAGCGCUACGGACUGUUGCUCAAUCUCCAGAAUCUCUCAAUUCGCAGGGGGCAAGUUCUUUCCAUCAAUCAUUUUAUGUUGGUUACUCUCUGGUUUAACUUUCACAAAGAACCAAGACAGACAUCCGUAACUUGUUUGCAUAAAGACAUUCAACCAAGAUGUCGCGGAAGGGUUUAAUGGAACAAGACUUAAAGAAAUUGGAUGUGACAAAGCUCCAUCCACUUUCUCCAGAAGUUAUAUCUCGUCAAGCAACCAUCAAUAUUGGUACUAUUGGUCAUGUGGCACAUGGUAAGUCUACUGUUGUAAAGGCAAUUUCAGGAGUCCAGACUGUACGUUUUAAGAAUGAGCUGGAGCGUAACAUUACCAUUAAGUUGGGGUAUGCUAAUGCGAAGAUAUACAAAUGUGAAGAUGACAAGUGCCCUCGGCCUGCAUGCUACAAGGCAUAUGGAAGUGGAAAGGAAGACAGUCCUUUGUGUGAUGUGCUUGGGUUUGAAAAUUGCAGGAUGAAACUACUGCGACAUGUAUCCUUUGUCGACUGCCCGGGUCAUGAUAUUCUUAUGGCUACCAUGCUUAACGGGGCAGCCAUUAUGGAUGGAGCAUUACUUCUGAUAGCUGCCAAUGAAAGCUGCCCUCAACCUCAAACUUCUGAGCACCUUGCUGCUGUUGAAAUUAUGCGCCUUCAGCAUAUUAUAAUCCUCCAGAAUAAAGUUGAUCUUAUUCAGGAAAAUGUUGCAAUCAAUCAACAUGAAGCUAUUCAAAAGUUCAUUCAGGGAACAGUUGCUGAUGGUGCACCAGUAGUACCAAUUUCUGCUCAGCUGAAGUAUAACAUUGAUGUCGUUUGCGAAUAUAUUGUAAAAAAGAUUCCAAUUCCAGAAAGGAAUUUCGUCUCACCUCCUAAUAUGAUUGUGAUUCGUUCCUUUGAUGUUAACAAACCUGGUUUUGAAGUUGAUGAGAUCAAAGGAGGUGUGGCUGGUGGUAGCAUAUUACGGGGUGUUUUAAAGGUGAAUCAAUUUAUUGAAGUUCGUCCUGGGAUUGUUGUUAAGGAUGAAAGUGGUAACAUAAAGUGCACCCCGAUAUACUCGAGGAUUGUUUCUUUGUAUGCUGAGCAAAAUGAGCUGCAAUUUGCAGUCCCUGGAGGUCUUAUUGGGGUUGGCACAACCAUGGACCCCACUUUGACUCGUGCUGACAGAUUGGUAGGUCAGGUUCUUGGGGAAGUUGGAUCACUUCCUGAUGUUUUUGUCGAGCUAGAGGUAAACUUUUUCCUUUUACGGCGGCUCCUAGGUGUGAGGACAAAAGGAUCAGAAAGACAGGGAAAAGUAUCAAAACUGGCCAAGGGGGAGAUUCUAAUGUUGAACAUAGGAUCCAUGUCUACAGGAGCUAGAGUACUUGCAGUGAAGAACGAUUUAGCAAAGUUGCAGCUUACAUCUCCUGUUUGCACCAGCAAGGGGGAGAAGAUUGCUCUAAGUCGUCGUGUUGAGAAGCACUGGCGUCUUAUUGGCUGGGGUCAAAUUCAAGCUGGAUCUACUCUGGAUGUCCCUCCCUGCCCCAUUUGAGUAGUAAAGGUAAGAAUCACGAAGAAAAGAAGUGAGAAGAGUAAGGAAAAUGUGCAAAGUUAGACAGUUUGUUGGAACCAUUUUUGUUAGGUGGAGGAGAAAACACCAUCUGGUUUCUCAUUGUUUAUUAGGUUGUCUUUUUCACAAUUUCAUCCCCCGAAGUCUCUUUAUGAUUUUUACUAUUUAAGUUUCGAAUCAUGGAUACAUGACAUGUGAGCCAUUUGGUUUAUGAACUAAAAAUGCGAUAAUAGGACGAACAAUAUUAUUAUUUCA